CUUUUAUUACAUCCGUAAUAUUGCUCUCAACGUGAUAUGUCAUCUUUUGAGUCAAUGAAUCAUCACCAUUACAUGUAGAUAAUUUGACACUUGCACACUUUAAUUUUAGUCAAAAACUAUGAGGGGUAUUGGUAGAAUUUCCCUCUAGACAAUAAAUUUGCUGAUCCAAAACUGUCUCUAUUGGCUUUGCCAACAUCAUUUCCCAUCCCCCACCUUUCCCGUCCAAGAUUUGGUUACUCGAAGCAAUUAAUUCCUGAUUACCCUCGAAAAUCGCACCAUUCACAAUUCCUUGAUUCACACUAAUUUUGGACAAAUUCCUCCAAGUUUACUCUUUCUUCCGAUCUAUCUAAUCACAUUGUCACAAAGCCAGAACAAAAUUUCAGAAACCCAACAGCAAAAUGCCUCCUCCAGAAUAUUCUAGAAGAUUUUCCCUUUUUGGGAUUGGAGAAUCAAGUAAUAAACAAGACCCAAAAAGCUCAAUCGAUAGAAAAUUACAAGAAUUAAGUCCAAGUUUAAAACUUGAAACUGACAAGAAUGUGUAUAGACCUGGUAAUGAGGUCUUGAUCACCAUUACAAUUCAGAACCCUAAUGAUCCCAGCAAUUCCCAUGAAAUUACGAGCAGUUCUGAGAGAUCCCUUUUGGUAGAAAGACUUGGUUUUGAGCUUCAAGGGGUUGAGAAGCUUGAUACUCAAUGGUUUACCACUCAGAAACCACUUCCUGGAACUAAACUCAGAAAAGGUGAACAUAUCUUCUUGGAUUGUUCUACAAGGUCAUUAGUCUCGAACCAGAUCAUUUCUUCCGGCGCCACUAAAAAGUAUGUUGUUCAAACUGUUUUGCCUAGCGUCAUACCACCAUCAUAUAGGGGUACAACAAUUCGAUACAUGUACUAUGUUAGAAGCACUUUAUCUGGACAAUGGUUGCUUAUGGAAAAUGGCCAUUCUGAGAGAAAUAUGGCUCAAAGUAUUACUGAAGUGGAGACUCGUAUUCCUUUGCAAAUUUGGGUUACUCAAAAGGCAAGUGGGUUGCUAACGGAAGAGGGUCAAACUAAUGGAAUUGUACCCAUCCAGACUGUUCAAACCGAUAUAUAUUGGAAAGAGAUUGAUGGGGACUCCGAAUGGGUUAGGGCUAAUGAUAUAUAUGAUGGAGGCGAGGAAGGCUAUGAUAGCUCAAGGGACGAUGUUUUAUCUGUUUCUUCAUAUAAUCCUUCAAGAGACAGUAUUUACAAGGCAUUUGGCAGUUCACUAUCUCUACAAGGUUCGGCUUCAAGGUCUUUUAGAGAACUCUUGCAUGCAGAAGCAGAUGAAGUUCUGCAUAACUCAAGUGGAGAUAUUUUGUCGUCAAAGAUCCCUCAUGUUAUCUCUCCAAAACUGCAAAGAGGAAACCCGAAGACUUCUAAAGACGAAGACGAAAGAGGAUCAUCUUCUCCCAUUGGGAUUUCAGAAUCCGUUGCAUCAGAAGGCUAUAUUCGAGGGAGAUCGUAUAACAUCAAGCUUGAUGAUCAAGUUCUGCUUAGAUUCUCACCCAAAAAGUCAGAUUCAAAUUAUUAUUUCAGUGAUAUGAUAGGUGGAACCCUUACUUUUUUUCAUGAAGAUGAAACAAGGAGGUGCCUUGAGGUCUCCAUCACCUUGGAAAUUUCAGAAACGAUUAAUCGACGUUUUGUGCACCCAUCUCGUAGGAAUUCUCCUACACUUACAAAGGUUCAUAGUGACCAUCAUGAGAUUGUUGCUGAUAUGGUGCAAACAAGCUUCCUUUUCUCCAUUCCUAUGGAUGGGCCAAUGUCCUUUUCAACCCCUCAUGUGUCUGUUCAAUGGGCUCUACGGUUUGAAUUCUUUACCACUCCGCGGAAUAUUGACUGGAAUAGGUAUGGUCAUCCUCUUAUGGUUGAAGGGAGAGACAAAUGUGAGUGGUUUCUUCCAAUAACUGUGCAUGCCCCUCCAUCUGGACCUGCAGCUGCUCAUGCAAGAACUACAAACAACCUCUCUCUUCAGCCAUUCUGGCUUCGUGACUAAAGUUAAAUAAUCGUUUCGAAAUCGUCUGAUGGUUGUACCACUCUCACAGAAGAUACUGCGUUGCGUCAAGGGAAAGAGUCCAUUAAUGUUAUUCAGCAUUGCUUGUGAUGGCAUGUAGGCAUGCAGCAUUGUACAUUAUCACGCAGGCUUUUGUUUUUGGUGUUUUUUCUUUUUUACGUAUUGGAGACUUACUUUCAUCUUACAAACAAAGUAAUAGUUGCAUUCAGUUCAUUCAUGUGGUUGUGGAUUCUAACUAUAUUCUUCCAAUCCUUUUUAUUAUACUAUCAUAUAUAAUGUAAAAACCCUCAUGCAUGGAAUGGGGGAUGUUUGCCAAAGGUUAAAAGGUUCCUUCUUUGUUGA